UGACCUUCUGCAAAUGUGUGGGAGGAAUUUGGCCAGCUCUCCUCUGACUUUCAGGUGUUGUUAGUAUGGGAAGUCGACAACAAUGGCUCACGAGACUGAAGAAUGAGCUGAGCAACAGUCCUCUGGUGUCCAACGUGGCCUUCGGCUUCAUCCUGAUGGGACUGGAGAAGCUGGUGGAGCUGGAGUUUGAGUGUCCGUGCAAUCCGGCCUGGAACGGGCUGUUUUCCUCCGCAUUCUUCAUCAUUCCCGCCGUCAUGGCCUUCGCGCUCAUGAUGAUCAUUCAGGGAUGCAGGUGUGACACCUGGUGCAGGAGGACCAUGUCCCUGUCCAGCUUCGUUCCCGUCGUGGUCUGGCUGAUCCUGCUCUUCCUGGACGGUCAGUAUUUCGCCUGCGCGAUGACAGACUGGCACGGCCGGUUCGUGAUCGUGGACAAAGCCGCUCCGCAGAAAUGGUGCGAACCCAUUCAAGAGGAGAGCGUCACUCCUCAGGAACUCAUGCUGCGCUCACAGCGACUGUUUGUGGAGUCUCAGGUGAUCGGCAUAGUGCUGCUCAUUUUGAUCUGUUUCGGACUGGUCGUGUAUGUGAUCAGAGAAAGCUGCCAGCAGGAGCUGGAAACUCAAGAUGCCAAUGUAGCAGAGAUGACGCUCUACAGCUCCAGCUGA